AUGGGCGCGCGUCGACGCCAGCAACGCGCCUCGGCGUCGACAGACGCCGCCUCCGAUGCCACCGCGACGAAGGAGAAAGCCGCCGCGAUCCGAAGAAAGAAGCGCGCCGACGAGUUCAGGCUCUACCUGAACCUCCUCAAGGCGUUCCUCUGCGGCGUCGUGCUCGUCAUGAUGUCGACCGCGGCGAUGUGGUACGGAGGCAAGGGGAAGUACUCGCGCCUCGCGAGGAGAGAAGCGGAACUCAGCGAGGCCGUGAGGAAGAUGGAGGCGAACCCGGAGCUGGCGAAAGCGCGCGAGAUGCUGAAGACGCAGCACGCGAUCGGGCUCGGGACGAUACGCGGCGGGAUGGACGCGGACGACGACGUGAUCGCGUCGCUCGAGUCGAAGUGGAUCGCGAUGGACUACGCCGAGCGGUCGGAGUUGUGGAGAGGGACGCGCGCGACGCUCGCGGAGACCGACCCCGCGUUCGCGCCGCUUCUCAAGGCGGACGGGAAGAAGCUCACCGACGCGGUCGUGCCGGAGAUCUUCGCCGUGGACGAGUUCUCCGAGGACGCGGGGAGAUUCCCUCGCCUCGUCCGACUCGUCCUCGAAGGCAAAGAGACGGGCGGGCAGUGGAGGACGAAGGACGGCGAGGACGGGACGGACCGCGACCGCGCGGGGAGAAGAGAACCGACCGCGGAUCAUAUCGUCGCGAGGGACUUGUACCGACGCGCGCUCCUGUCGCGGUUCGUCGGCGCGGUCGCGAACGCGCUGCGAGGCGGCGACUACGUCGUCGACGUCGCCGCGCUCGCGCGCGAGCUCGGGCGACAGAUCCCUUCGAUACGUCGCGAGGAGUAG